AAAAAAUAAUGAAGUUGUAAUUUUAGCAUUCAGUUUAUAUUCCACAUUAUCAAGCGUUGUAGAAGAUGAUGAGGAACAAUAUUUGUCUACAAUUGAGUCAAUAGCAUUUGAACUAAUUUUUUCUGAAAAUUCUAGUAUUGCAAGAUUUACUGCUAAAUAUUUUAUGGAUGCAAUGGUUAAUUCCCAAACAGAUAAAUUUGAACAAUUAAAAGUCGUACUUUUAAUUUUACGUGGUAUUCCUUCAGAAAUGACAACUGUUGCAAUUUCAUUUUUCACAAAUGCUAUUUAUGAUUUUUGCCCCCUACUUACUGAUUUUAAACUGAUAUCUCAAGUAUUAUCUUUAGAAAAUUCUAUAGAAGACAGAGAUAAACACAAUUUAAUGCAUGUAUUAAUGUAUGUUGUUAAAUGGUUAGUUACUGGCAUUGAACCUGAACACAAAAUUGCUAUUAUGGGAGAUCAAAAUGAUAUAGUGCAGUCACAUACUAAUAAAUUAAAAAAAAAAGAAUUCACAAGUUAUUUAUCAAUGCAUUUAAUAAAUGAGCUUAAGAAUUGUAAAGAACCUACUUAUGCAUUUUCAAUUUGGACUUUAAUUCAAUUCAUUGAUUUUAAAUUACUUCAAGAUAAAAUGAUAUUAUCAGAAAUAUUCUUACAUGCAUCUUUAUUUUACAAUGCUUGGAGUAUUCCUACUCUUUUAGAAAUUAUAUCAAAAUUCAUUAACAUAAUAUCAGAUAUAGAUGGUUUUGAACAAAACUUAAGUUUGAAAUGUAUUAAAGAUAUUGCGGAAAUCAAUUUUAAUAUUUUAAGAACUGGAGUUGAAGCCUCGCCAGGAGAUAUACCCAGCUUAUUGAGUCAAAAAAGUGCAUUGAUUAAAAUUUGGACCUUGGCAAAAUAUAAUUCUAUACCUGAUGACAUAGAACCUUUAAAAUAUCUGUCCUAUUAUAUACCUGAUUUAAAUAAUACACAUAAUGAUUUAAUUAUUUCUAAUUUUGCUUUAAUGGCGUACAUGGAGAUAUUGAGAAAUAAGUUAUUAAAGGUUCCUAUUGUACAAAAUAUGAAUUUAAAUAAUCAGGUUUUUGAAAAUAAUGUUGAAGAUACGUUUGCCACAUUUAUAGGUUCCAUGUUUAAUAUUUUGAGUAAAUAUGACAUUCAGCUCAUAAGUAUUUGUGAGACGGCAUUUUUAAUUAUUAAUGAAUUAUUACAAAUUAAAUUUUCUAUAUACCAAAAAAAAUAUGAACUUGAUGAUAACCAAAAUAUGAUGUUAACUCAUUUUGUUUUAUGUGUAUGCAAAAACUGUGAAGGUAAUAAUGAUUUAAAUACUUUAAAAAUAGUAAAAGUAUAUAUACAGCUCAUACAGGAAGGACUUAUUAAUAUGAACCAUUUAAUAAAUCUAUUGCAGUUUGUAAAAAUGGAAUUGUUUGAACAUGCGCUUCGACCAUUAUUUAAUUUUUUUUGCAAAAAAGAAACUGGAAAUGAAUUAAGUAAUGUAAUAAAUUUAUACUUGGUGUAUACAUUUGAAAACAUAAUUUUACAAAAACCUGAUUUCAAAAAUUCAACUAUUAAAGAUGUUAUAAAUGUGGCUGUUAUAAUUUCUCGCCUUUUGUGUCAAUGUACGGAUCAAAGUGGAAAAAGAUUAAUUGCUACAAAUAUUCAUCGACGUGGUAUCCAGUAUGCUAUGAGUGAUACAUUAAAUAACCCUUAUAGUGAUUAUCCAUUCAAACAAUUUUUCUGGAUUCUUACAUCCAUGUAUCAAAUCCUAAUUCCAUAUGACGCUCAACGUUUGGCUGAUCAUUUACUUGAUAAACCUACAACACAAAAAUUAAUUAAUUCUGAAAAUGAACAUAUACUCAAUUAUUUAUAUAAAUUACAAGAAGUAUAUAAUACAGAUGAAAAUUGA